CACAUCACAACACACACACACUAUUGUAACACAAAUAAACUCUGACGUGUGUGUGUGUGUGUGUGUGUGUAGAAUGAGCGCAGGCAGCUGGUGAAUAAGCGGUUAGAUCUGGACAUUGUGAAGGCCAGACUGAGAAAGGCACAGGAAGCAGACAGCAAGGCUCGGGAGAGAACACACAUACUGCUGACCUCAUACUGCUGACCUCAUACUGCUGACCUCAUACAGCUGGCCUCAUACUGCUGACCUCAUACUGCUGGCCUCAUACUGCUGACCUCAUACUGCUGGCCUCAUACAGCUGAUCUCAUACUGCUGUCCUCAUACUGCUGUCCUCAUACUGCUGACCUCAUACUGCUGUCCUCAUACUGCUGACCUCAUACUGCUGGCCUCAUACAGCUGAUCUCAUACUGCUGUCCUCAUACUGCUGGCCUCAUACUGCUGUCCUCAUACUGCUGACCUCAUACUGCUGUCCUCAUACUGCUGACCUCAUACUGCUGUCCUCAUACUGCUGACCUCAUACUGCUGUCCUCAUACAGCUGACCUCAUACUGCUGACCUCAUACUGCUGACCUCAUACUGCUGUCCUCAUACUGCUGAUCACAUACAGCUGACCUCAUACUGCUGACCUCAUACAGCUGACCUCAUACAGCUGAUCACAUACAGCUGAUCACAUACUGCUGUCCUCAUACUGCUGGCCUCAUACUGCUGACCUCAUACGGCUGACCUCAUACGGCUGACCCCAUACUGCUGACCUCAUACUGCUGACCUCAUACAGCUGUCCUCAUACUGCUGUCCUCAUACUGCUUACCACAGAUUGCUGACCUCAUACUGCCCACCUCAUACUGCCGACCUCAUACUGCCCACCACAUACUACUGACCUCAUACUGCUGACCUCACACUGCUGACCACAGACUGCUGACCUCAUACUGCCCACCACAUACUGCCGACCUCAUACUGCCCACCACAUACUGCUGACCUCACACUGCUGACCACAGACUGCUGACCUCACACUGCCGACCUCAUACUGCUGACCGCACACUGCUGACCACAGACUGCUGAUCUCACACUGCCGACCUCACACUGCCGACCUCACACUGCCGACCUCAUACUGCUGACCGCACACUGCUGACCACAGACUGCCGACCUCACACUGCCGACCUCACACUGCCGACCACAGACUGCCGACCUCACACUGCCGACCUCACACUGCUGACCUCACACUGCCGACCUCAUACUGCUGACCACAUACUGCCGACCACAUACUGCCCACCACUUACAGCUGACCUCAUACUGCCGACCACAGACUGCCGACCUCACACUGCCGACCACAGACUGCCGAUCUCACACUGCCGAUCUCACACUGCCGACCACAGACUGCCGAUCUCAUACUGCCGACCACAGACUGCCGACCUCACACUGCCGACCACACACUGCCGACCUCACACUGCUGACCUCAUAUCGCUGACCUCACACCGCUGACCUCAUGAAUUGACCCUUUGCUAACCAGCUGAGCUAGCAAAAAAUGUAACAAAUUAAAAAUGUUGAAUCUCAAAAUACUCCGAAAGGCUCUGCAUUUCAGGAAUCACAGUAGCAAGUACACCUGGUGCCCUGUCAAAUAUUUGUUUUUAAAGAAAACUCAGUUUUUGCCAUAGCCCUCACUGGCUUUCAUGCGAUUUAAAGUUGAGCUUGUUCUAUGUGUCAGGCUGGACGACAGUUGCUAUCCAUUGGACCUACUCGGACUUAAUGAAGGGUCAAUGGUGACUUGAACGAUUUAUGCGUAGUUGGGCCAGGAUAGGAGGUGUGCCUUUAGGUUUCCAAGAGUGUCAACAAUGCACAGCAUCAAAAGUCAAGUCUCAUCUCUCUCUCAUCUCUCUAUCUCUCUCUAUCUCUCGCUAUUUCUCUCUAUCUCACUCUGUGUCUCUGUCUCUCUUUCUCUCUCAUUCUCUCUCUCUCCCUCUGUUUCUUUCUCUCUCUCCCGUUCUCUUUCUCAUGGUCUAAAUGCUAGCCCAUUAGGAGAGGAGUAUGUAGCUCAUGUCUCUACAUGUUCAGCUUCCUACCAGUCAGAUGGCUGAAGGUCAGUCCUCACAUAUACACAUGCACACUCCCACACAAUUGUUUUAACAUCAGGUAGCAGAACACAGUAAGACUGAACCAUAUGAUGAAAAUGGACUAGCAGUUUUCUCAUUGGUUGGUCCUGUUCCUGUCUGCUUUCUCAUUGGUUGGUCCUGUUCCUGUAUGUCUUCUCAUUGGUUGGUCCUGUUCCUGUCUGUUUUCUCAUUGGUUGGUCCUGUUCCUGUAUGUCUUCUCAUUGGUUGAUCCUAUGUAUCUCUAUCCAACGCUGUCAGAUGUGGGCCCAGGAAGUCUCUCAGGCAGAGAUGGAGCUGAGGAUCUCUCAGUCUGUGUUUGGCCGACAGUCAGAGAUCACCAGACUACUGCUGGAGGGAAUCAACACUACACAUGCUGCCCAUUUGAGAAGUCUGCCUGACUUUGUAGAAGCCCAGGGUAGCUACUACGCUCAGUGUUACCAGCUCACACAGGACCUACACACCCAACUGGCCAGGGGAAGAGUAGCUGAUGGUUUUCCAGCGGCUAAUAGGGAUCCUAAUAUAUACCCCCCCCCCAAAAGAACCCCUGGAGGCCAGACUGAGCACCAGUGAGAGAGAGCUGACCACCCCUAGGAAUGAUGUUCAGGAACUGAAGAGACAGAACACAGACCAAAAGGUAGCUUUCUCUGCUGGUUUCACUGAUUCAGGAGCUGUAGGCCCAUUCAAUACUGAAACCACACUGGUAUACUCCAGAGUCAUCACCAACAUCGGCAAGGCCUACAGCCCGAUUACAGGUGCCUUCACAGUACCAGUGGGAGGAGUCUACUACAUCAGAUUCACCGCUGCUCAUACUGGGAGUUCAGAGUUCAUGGGUAUAUCCAGGUCCAAGAAUGGGCAGAGCAUCAUGUACAGCCCUGGGAAUAAUGCUGGAGGUUAUGAGACACUGUCUGAUGGACUCAGCCUUGAGCUAGAGGAAGGGGAUGUGGUGUACAUGGGUCUCUCUUUAGGGAACAGGCUCGUUGAUAGCAGAGUAAAUCACAACACCUUCAGUGGCUUCCUGCUCUUCUCUGUGUGAGAACAUCAUGGAUGCUGUAAUGGUCUAAUGUGAGUCAAAAUGGCUCCUCUUACU